AUGGCGACCCCUGUGGACCCGACGGAUGAUCGGUCGCGACGGCAACGUCCGCGUCCGGCGCACUCCCCGGCAAUGAUGUCCACCACCACCACCACCACCACCGACGAUUUGGCAAGCGGCACGGAGGAGAGCGCCAGUUCGUUGCUGCGUCACGAUCCGCAGCUGGCGGCCGUGCUGGGUGGACUGCCCAGUUCAUCUAAGGAGCUCUUGCGGCGCAUUGAGCGACAAAAGGACGAAAUUCGUCUUUUGCAGGAGGAGAAUACGCGGCUGCGAGCGAGGGAAGUUGAAGUUUCCGCGUUGACUCUCCGUCUGCAGCAGCAAUUUGGGGCGACGCAGUCACAGGUGGACCGUCUCAAGUCACAGAUACGUAUGGAGCUCAUGAACCCCAUCACGGAAGAGGAGUACAGGGCGAUUGAUUCCCUUGAGGAGGGGAAGCGGGAUCUGCUGGACACAGUGAAGCUUGGUAUUUAUCACCAGCUUGGUUCAAUGCGGGCUGCGAAGGACGCGGCAAUGCAGAGGGCGACGGAGAUGUCGACAGAGACGACACGACUUACACGUGAGAACAAAGAGCUUCAGCAAAGGCUCAAAGAACUGGAGGCGGUCGUGGAGGCGGAACGUCAGUCCUUCCGACGUCAGCUGCAAGAAGUGGAGCAGCGCGGCAGCAGUGUGGUGGAGCUCGAGGGGAAGGUUCGGGAAUUAGAGUCAAGACUGAAGAAUGCCUACAUGGACCAGGAGCAGUUUCUCACGGCCAAGUUGAAUGCAUCUGUCAAGACGGAGGAGGCCACACGACUUGGAGUGCGGCUUCGUGAGGCGGAAAUGGAGGCGGAGCGAUACAAAACAAGUGCCGAAUGCUCGGAGCAGAAGCUUGACAUACUCAAGUCGGAGUAUUAUGAGUUGAAGCUAAAAAACAGCCAGCGGGUGAUGGAGCUUGAAGCGUGCCUCAGAGGAGCGGAGGAGAAAUUGAAGACUCUUGCUGACCUUGAGCUCGAGUCCGAACUGUUUGUCUCGAACUUGGCGAUGCAGUCCGGCGGGCAAGUGUCACUUACCGCUGCUUCACUUUCUGCGGCGGCGGGAGGUGAUGGGGCACCCUCGGCGCCUUCCGCCACCGACGCCUUGAGUAACUAUGAGAGCUGGCUUGCCUUACCGCGUUCACGCAAGUUGGCACAUACGCUUACCGUAACGAAACGUUGUCUGCAAUUAGAGAAUCGUCUCGCUGCCAUACAGCACGACGUGGAAUUUAAAGACAAGCAGAUUGCACGGCUGCAGGCUUCCCUAGAUAUGGCGCGGGAGGCGUUGAACAACUCCAACAGUCCCUUUGCCAUGGUGGAGCGCUCUGUGGAGCGACUCACGAAUGAAAACGAGGAACUCCACAACAGGACUGUGAUCCUGUCGGAGGAAAACACACUACUGCGCCAGCGACUAGAGCAGCGCACCGCUGAUGUGCGAGUUCUUUGUCGUCAUCGCAAGGAGCUCCUGCGCAUUCAGCGCGUUUUGCGGCGUCUUGGUAUAGAGGGGCAGGUAUCAGAUCCCGCAGCUGCGCCGCGUUCACAGGGACUUCAGCAAUCCCUGCGGCCGUUGUCGUCGUCACAACAGCAACAACAGGAUGUGGAGGACACGAAGGAUCCACGAUCUAUCAGUGCACGCUCUAUUGUGGCGCGACAGGAUCCGACAGUUGAGUCGCUUUCUUCCCUAUUUCGUCAACAUGCAGAGGAGCCACUGCAAACAGUAACAGAAACCGAAACAGCUGCGGCCACGGAGGAGAAACAAAAACAAGCGCAACAACGAUCUCAUGAUGCGGAGGAAUCUUUGAGCGGUGUAUUUAUACCACGACCCAUUCAAAUAAUAUCUUGA